GAUGCCGAAGCUUGGCCUAGGGCGCGCGUUCGCCGUGCAUGGCGUUUCUCUCCCGCUUCGAAUUUCUGCGUAGAGUGCGCCGAGCAGCCCACCGGAAGACCAUGGUGGGCGCUUGGAGAAGCUGAGGUUCAGGAGAAGGCGGCGUGGAGAAGCUCGCGCGCGCGAUGGCUUGCCAAUUUCACUGAGCGCCUCCUGGUCUACAGCAGCGAGUCGUGCGAGCGCCAUGCUGCCGCGUAGCGUCGAGCACAGACGGGCCCGCAAGAUGUGUCCUCAUAGAUGCGGAGCGCGUGCCACGUCGUCCGCCGGCAAUGUGCCGUAGAGACGCGGGGUGACGGCAUGCAAGCGAGCAGCCCGGGCCAGGGUCCGCCAGAGCCAAGGGGCAGCGUGGGCGUCCUGUCCCCGGCCGAAGCGGAAGGACUUUGCUGGGACCCGCGGCAGCGCAAGCAGCGGCUGCGCAGAAACCUGCUCGUGGUGAGCGCCAGUUCGUUCCUCGUCAACUCGGCCUUCCUGUCGCUGAGCCACCUGCAGACGAACGUGCUGAACGUCGAGAGUGGCCUGGGCACAGUCUCGCUGAGCGCUAUUUCAUCGUCGUUCGUGCUCUCGUGUAUGUUCCUGGCGCCCUUCUUCAUCAGCGUGGCGGGCCUCAAAGUUACCAUUGGUGCUUGCACUCUACUCUAUACGCCGUACUUCAUCGCCAACUUCUAUCCACACUGGGUGACCGUGCUGCCCACGUCUUUUGUACUGGGUUUCGGAGCAGGGCCUUUGUGCACGGCCAACAGUGUGUACGUGGCCGAGCUGGCAUCCCAGUACGCCGGACUACACCGCCAAAACGCCGACGCGGCGCUGGGCCGCUUCUUCGGCGUUUUCCUUAUGUUCAGUCAGUUGUCCCAAGUGUUUGGAAAUCUCCUGUCCUACGUGGUCCUCGGGGCCGGCAGUGCCACUGCGGAUGGCACUGUGGUGAGCCAGGAGGCCAGCAGUGACAAGCGCACCAGCUGUGGAGUUAACUUCUGCCCUCAAACGACACUUCCGACCAACAUGACAGCACCGUCAGUGACGAGCCGCUUUCAGUUGUGCGUGGUGUACACGGCUUUCGGUUGGAUCGCCGCGCUCGUCGUCUUCCUGAUGCUCGAUCCGCUUGAGCGCAAGGUGCAGCGCCACGACAGGGCGUCCCUGCAACUGCUCAUGUUCACCAUGCGACACAUGAAGAACCCGUACCAGUUAUUCAUCAUCCCCUUGACCAUUUUCAGCGGAUUGGAGAUUGCGUUCAUUGCGGACGACUUCACGAAGGCAUACAUCACAUGCACAUGGGGCGUACAAUACGUGGGGUUGUUCUUGGUGAGCCUGGGCGUGUCUGGAGCGCUCUUCUCGCUAAGCUUCGGCUGGCUGCUGCACCUCACCGGCCGGCCACAGAUAGUGCUGCUCGGCGCCGUGGUGAACGUGGCCAUGAUCGUUAUCAUGCUUAGCUACGAGACCGGCUACCUUCUACUCGUCCUACUUGUCGCCUCCGGGGUCUGGGGCAUCGCCGACGCUGCUUGGACCACGCACCUCAUCUCCUUCUACGCCGUGGCCUUCUGGCAGAACCCGGAGGCAGCAUUCGCCAGCUGCCAUCUGUGGCGAUCCGUCGGCACCAUCGCUUCGCUGAGCUACAGCAAUCUCGUGUGUACCGACAUGAAGCUGUACAUUAUGCUGUGCGUGCUCACCGUAGGUGUGGCCGGGUACUUUGCCGUUGACGCCGAAGUGAAGCGCGCUGCUGCUGCCGUGGUGCUACCGCACUCCACCGUGGUCAGCGCCACCGUGACGCCCAUCGUGAGCGCGGCUGGCCUGCAGUCGUUAACCGCGGCCCGAAGCCUCGACGCGGGCAUCCCAAUCGUCAUCCCUGCUCUGCUCACCUCGAACCCUGUGCUCCGUUAUUCUUUCUUUGUCCUUCCCCUGUUUCCUGCGGUACGCGAAUACGCUGUUGGACGUGUCGCCACCUACUGCGCCCAUCACCAUGCAAAACGUCCGACGCAGCCGCAGCGGAAAAGGCAGUUCGUCCUAGUUCUCUCCGUCACGGAAAGGCUGCACGCACCCCACAACACGGACGUCAUGGCGAAGGUCCAAGAGAAAGGCGUGGUUUCGGUGCCCGAGCUUAUGUGCUGCGAGGAAGUCGCCGUGAGGACUCCGAGGAACAUAAUAAAAAACGUGGUUACCGUGAGCUUCGGCUUCUUGUUGCUCUUCACAGCGUUCCAGUCGGUGUCCAACCUGCAGAGCAGCAUAAACUCGGAACAGGGCCUGGGCACAUUCACGAUGGCGACCAUCUACAUCGCGCUCGUAAUUUCGUGCAUGUUCGUGCCGACGCUCAUGAUCCGCAAGCUAAGCCUUAAGACCACGCUGGUCGUGUCCAUGUCCAUGUACGUAUUCUACUUCGUUGCCAACUUCUACCCGACCUGGGCGACCCUGAUCCCGGCCUCCAUCGUGAUGGGUCUGGGAGGCGCCCCCCUUUGGACCGCCAAGUGCGCGUACCUGACCACCAUGGCCAACGACUAUGCGGCGCAGACUCGGCAGAAACCGGUCGACGUGGUGACCCGCUUCUUCGGGCUCUUCUUCAUGAUCUUCCAGACGGCCCAGAUUUGGGGGAACCUCAUCUCAUAUUACGUGCUCAGGCCGGCUGGCAGACCGGCCAACGUCAGCGUGAACAUCGAUAGCUGCGGGAUUCGUUUCGUGACGGCCGAGGACGACGCAGACAAUGAGAACCUGCAACCGCCAGACAGCGCCAAACUUUACACGCUCAUGGGCAUCUACACAGCGUGCUCGCUGCUCGCGGUGCUCAGCAUGCUGGUUCUGUUAGACCCGCUGGCGUCACCGCCAAGGCUUACCUCGAAGAAGCCGGCAGCGCUGCUCGUGGAGACGCUGAGGCACCUGCGCAAGCCGUACCAGUGGGCCAUCCUGCCGCUCACUAUUUACAGCGGCGUCCAGCAGGCUUUUCUCAUCGCUGACUUCACGCAGGCUUAUGUGAGCUGCACUCUUGGUAUUCACUACGUGGGCUUCAUCAUGAUAACUUUUGGCCUGGCUGAUGCUGUCUUUUCGAUGGCAUUUGGCACCAUCAUUAAGUUCGUCGGCAGGAUACCCAUAUUUCUUCUCGGUGCUGCUGUGAACGGCGCUGUAGUAGUUGUUCUAUGUGUGUGGAAACCCACGCCGAACGAGUUCUACGUUUUCUUUCUCAUUGCCGGCUGUUGGGGCCUAGGUGACGCUGUCUGGCAAACGCAAGUCAAUGCCUUCUAUGGCACGGUGUUCACGGAGGACGAGGAAGCUGCCUUCGCCAAUUACCGGCUGUGGGAGUCUUUUGGUUUCAUCAUUGCGUUCGUCAUACAGAAGUUGCUUCCAAUUCACCUCAAGGUUGCGGUCCUAGCUGCAUUCUUGGUCAGCGGCAUGUUGGGCUACCUGGCCAUCGAGAUACAUCUCGCGAUCAAGAAGCGGAAGAUGGUGGUUGUCACAAGGCCUAGCUGAUGGUGUCCUCGUGAGGCGAUGGGCUCUGCGCCCAACUUGGAUUUUAGCCUGUAAAUAGUAAAGCUGAUUUUGAAAUCCGCGUCUUCUGCUCGUAAACGAGUCGAGACGAAAACGGUUACGCAGUAUCCUAUAAAAAAUUGAGAUUAGUUCGCAUGACUUGCAACCCGGAAGUGUUAAAUGCUGUAUAACUCAGCGUGUUUUCUGGUGUGCUGCUUCACUGCACCGUGUACGCCGUUUAUGUCCCGCUUAUGGACGUAGAUGUCACCAUUAGCGUGCGGCGUGCGUAAUUUAGACAGAUGUAACUAAAGUACAUGCAAGUAACUGAUAUUCUGAUAGCGGUAUCAGGAAUCGAGAAGGUCCAGAUUCAAUAACGGGUACUUAAAGAUCAGGCUACAUUACUUGCUAUACAGGUUGUCCCGCGUAACUUGAGCCAAGACUUCAAAAGUGAAAGGCACCUUGGACGCGAAUCGAAUCAUACGUAUAGCGUUGGCAAAAGCCUAGAGUAACUCAGCAUAUUUUUUGUUUUCGCCAUAACUAAUUAUUUAAUUACAUUUAAUUACCCAUCGCUUUAAUUAAUGGCUUAAGACCGCAAGUGUGAUACGCAAAGUUGUAGAGCACGU